AUGGUUCUUCUCGCGCCCCUCUUGUUCGCGCAGCUGCUCGUGAGCCCCGACGCCGGAAUGGCUCACAAGAUCGUUGGCACAGAGCCAGCGCCCUAUCAUCGGCGCACUGCCUCCAUCUCUACACCCUUGUUCACGGACCUGGAGCGUCUGUCGCGCAUAGUCGACAUAUCCUACUGCGUGGGCAACACGGGCGUGCGCAAGCCCUUUGAAUGCCUGUCCCGCUGCAGCGACUUCCCCGAGCUGUCUCUGGUCGCUACGUGGAACACCGGUGUGCUUCUGAGUGACAGCUGCGGGUAUAUCGCGGUAGAUGACGGCCGACAAGAUGCUGGGGCAGACGGGCCCGGCGGCGACGUCGUGUCCUCUGCCGGGCGUGGCGUCAUCCUGGUCGCGUUUCGUGGGACCUACAGUAUCACCAACACCGUCGUGGAUCUGAGCACAAUCCCACAGCAGUAUGUUCCCUACCCAUCUCCCGACGACGGAGACGAGGGGCCACCGGGGAAGCCCAAGCACGAGUGUGCCAACUGCACCGCUCACAUGGGCUUCCUUCAGUCGUGGCGGAGCGCGAGAAAGGUCGUCUUGCCCGAGCUCAAGGCCUUGAAAGCCAAGUAUCCGUCCCUCCCCAUUCACCUGGUUGGACACAGCCUGGGAGGCGCUGUCGCCUGUCUUGCGGCGCUGGAGCUCCGGCUGCUGCUGGGAUGGGACGACGUGCUGGUCACGACGUUUGGCGAGCCGCGCGUAGGCAACUACCAGCUGGCUCGCUUCGUUGACAAGGUGUUUGGGCUCGAUGGGGUGGCGGACCCGGAAUCGUUGUCGUACCGCCGUGUCACUCACAACGACGACCCCGUCCCCCUUUUACCGUGGGACGAAUGGGGUUACAGGUCGCAUGCGGGCGAGAUUUACAUCACCAAGCCCAGCCUCUCGCCGACGGAGCAGGACAUCAGGGCCUGCGCUGGGGACAACGAUCCCGCAUGCAGCACAGGAGCCGGGGGUCGCGCCUGGCAAAUCGUGCGCGAAAGCCUCUUGCGCUUGAGCCGAGCCGGCGCGACGGCGCGCGAGCAGGCAGAGGCCAUGACUCUGCCGACGCGGCUCAGGCUCUGGCAGCUUUUCUUUGCCCAUCGAGAUUAUUUCUGGAGGCUCGGCCUGUGUGUGCCCGGCGGGGACCCGGCGAACUGGGGACGGGCACAGCCUACGGGAAUCGAGGCCGAGGAGCUCUAG